AGUAUCUGUAUACCGCCGCGCUUAUUAAUACGUAUCUCGGGUUUAUGCCAUUCCAAAUUCGAAAAUAGAAGGGCUUUAUAAAAAAAAUAAAACAUCACUCUUUUUUUUAAAUUAAAUAAUAACUCUUACUCACCAUUUUCAGCCAAGUGUUCGAAAAUCGAAAUGUGAAAUAUCAACAAGUGUCAAUUGCGUACCGUGUUCGUGAUAUUACAUAAUUACAUUUUUUUUCUGAGGACUCUUUCUAAAGAGUUUUAUUAUCUUUACGUUUUUUUUUUUGUUGUUUUAAGUUGUGUGUAAGACGCAGGCCGUUUACCUGUUGCGAUCGUAUGGCGUAGGAGGCAUCGUAACGUAGAGUACAUAAACGAAAUGCGGAUCAAUUUUCAUAGCUCGCGUGAGCUUUGCCGCUAGAUUUAAAAAAGAUCCUUUUUGAAUUUAUAUUCUAAAUAUAAAUUUUACGAUCCCCACGUCCUUUCUUUAAUAAAAAAAAAACUUUAUACGUUUUUAAAUAUUUUCUUUUAUGUCGAGUUUCAUAGUGUUAUUGUAACGUUACUUAAAGUGUUUUCGGGAGCAAAUUCAAGUCAUAUUGGUAUUUUUCUGUUUGUAAGAAUAGCGUUAAUUAUUAAGUUUUUUUUUUAUUUUAUUCCAGACGAGCGGUACAUAGCUUUCUUUGUUUUUAGAAUUGAAAGGUGUAAAGUGACUUUUUGAGUAUGAAGUGAGAUUUAAUUUAUAAAUAUGUAAAAUAUUGUUAUAAAUAAAUAUAAAUGUCGGACGGCCCGUCCAGGCUUCCGUCGCUUAUGCCAUCAAAAUGCAAAUCGCACGAAAUGUGGGCUGCCAUGACCAGAUCUAUUGAGAUUCUCGUCGCUUUCUUCGAGUAUUAUGCACAGAGAGCGCAGCUUGAAACUACCUCAACCAGCUCCCCGCAAGCCAAGUCACCUGCCGGCAGCAGCGCCGGCGCAGCUGCCAGCGCAUCAACCGCUGCCGGAGAACGUACCCCCACUGCACAAAACAAGCAGCUACAAAAUGUUAAGGGGCAGGAGCAUCCGCCGCAUCCUUCCAUGGCGUUUCUGCAGAACCGCUCCAUAUCCCUGGUGGAUAUGUACAUCGACAACUCGGAGCCGUCCGAGAACGUGGGCCAGAUUCAUUUCUCCUUGGAGUACGACUUUCAGAACACAACCCUGAUAUUGAGGAUCAUCCAGGGUAAGGAUCUCCCCGCUAAAGAUCUGAGCGGCACCUCAGAUCCUUACGUGAGAGUUACACUCUUGCCGGACAAGAAACAUCGCUUGGAGACCAAGAUCAAAAGGAGAACACUCAAUCCAAGGUGGAACGAGACCUUUUACUUUGAAGGUUUCCCCAUUCAGAAACUGCAGAGUCGGGUGCUACAUCUCCACGUUUUUGACUACGAUCGGUUUUCAAGAGAUGACUCCAUCGGUGAAGUGUUUCUACCUCUAUGCCAGGUGGAUCUGAGUGAGAAGCCAUCGUUUUGGAAGGCGCUUAAACCCCCAGCCAAGGACAAAUGCGGGGAAUUGCUAACGUCAUUGUGCUAUCAUCCGAGUAACAGUGUGCUGACCCUGACGCUAUUGAAGGCGAGGAAUCUGAAGGCCAAAGACAUUAAUGGGAAAUCAGAUCCUUACGUAAAAGUGUGGCUGCAAUUUGGAGAUAAACGUAUCGAGAAACGCAAGACGGCCAUCUUCAAAUGUACGCUGAAUCCGGUGUUCAACGAUUCGUUCUCCUUCAACGUGCCCUGGGAGAAGAUCAGGGAGUGCUCCCUCGAUGUCCAGGUCAUGGAUUUCGACAACAUCGGCAGGAAUGAGCUCAUUGGCCGGAUAUUAUUGGCUGGUAAAAAUGGCUCGGGCGCAACGGAGACCAAGCACUGGCAAGAUAUGAUCACGAAACCGAGGCAAACCAUCGUCCAGUGGCAUCGUUUGAAACCCGAGUAAAGAAAAAUUGUUAUUUUUUUAAAGAAAAAGUAACGAAAAAAAGUUAAUACAAAACGUCAUAAGACUGAGCGGUU